CCGGCUGGGUCUGGAGGAAGUGCGGGCUGCAGGAACCCUGGUAGCAGCCUCGAGGAGGCGUCUGGGGCUCAAUGGCGACCACGGGGACCAGCGGCGGCGGCGGCGGCGGGAAAAGCCCGGACGGCGAGGCGUCCGUCACCUACUACCGGAUGGAGGAGGUGGCGAAGCACAACACCUCGAAGGAAACGUGGCUGGUGAUCCACGGGCGAGUCUACGAUGUCACCGGCUUCCUUGACGAGCAUCCUGCUGGAGAAGAGCUUCUGCUGGAACAAGCUGGUACUGAUGCAACCGAAAGCUUUGAAGAUAUAGGCCACUCCCCUGAUGCCAGAGAGAUGCUCAAGCAGUACUACAUUGGUGAUGUCCAUCCGAAUGACCUUAAACCCAAUGGUGGUAAAAAGGAUCCUUUGAAAGACUGUAGGUACAAAAGUUGCUGGGCAUAUUGGAUUCUCCCAGUCAUCAGCGCUGUCCUCAUAGGUGUCCUGUAUCGCUACUACAAGGUGGAAGGCAAAUCUUGAGACCUGCUGAAGCCUGGAAACGAAUCAUCUUGGGAGUGAGAAGUAGAGACUUGAUUUGGGAGUUGCAGCAGCGGCCCCUCCUUGAUUCCUGCCCAGUUGUCUUCCUUUGAAGCCAGGACGGUUGGCCACAUUGGGACCAAUGUCCUUGAUCUCCUAGAGCCUUACUCCCGGAGCAUCUGCGCACAUUCUCUUAUCCUCGCCAGGGUAUCCUCUCGGAAUUCCCAUUUAAUGAUUUCAAUUCCUAUGUUGUAGUGACAUGACCAUUUGAUUAAAAAAAAAAAAAAAGCCUCA